AAGCUCUGGCCACAUCGCGCUGGGUGAGGUGGCGGCGGGGGCGGCGGGCAGUGGAGUCUAGCGGAGCUGGGACUUCGGCGGGUCUCAGAAAGAAGAAGUGAUGUGACUCAUCACUCUGAAGACUUUGAGUUCAGGGUGACGAGGGAGCAGGAAGAGCAUGGCCUGGCCACGAUUUCUGCCGAGGGGGGCUCUGUUCACCGGCUUCAGCCAUCACCACAUUGCUGUGUUCCUGCUCACUUUCUUUAGCUAUUCUUUGCUCCAUGCGUCAAGAAAAACAUUCAGCAACGUCAAAGUCAGCAUUUCCAAGCAGUGGACCCCAAGUGCUUUUAACACAUCCUUUGACCUGCCUGCAGAGAUCUGGAGCAGCAACCAUUUAUUCCCUAGCACAGAGGAAGCCACUCUUUUCCUUGGAACACUAGAUACUGUGUUUUUGUUCUCCUAUGCAGUGGGCCUCUUCAUCAGUGGCAUCAUUGGGGACCGGCUGAAUUUACGAUGGGUUCUGUCCUUCGGCAUGUGUUCUUCUGCAUUUGUGGUGUUUGUCUUUGGCACCCUUACGGAGUGGCUGCGCUUCUACAACAAGUGGCUGUACUGCGGCCUGUGGAUCGUGAACGGCCUGCUGCAGUCCACUGGCUGGCCCUGCGUGGUUGCUGUGAUGGGCAACUGGUUUGGCAAGGCUGGCCGAGGAGUUGUCUUUGGUCUCUGGAGUGCCUGUGCUUCAGUGGGCAAUAUUUUGGGAGCGUGCCUGGCUUCAUCUGUUCUGCAGUAUGGCUAUGAGUAUGCCUUUCUGGUGACCGCGACUGUGCAGUUUGCUGGCGGGGUCGUCAUCUUCUUUGGACUGCUGGUGUCGCCAGAAGAAAUCGGUCUCCCAAGUAUUGAGGCAGAAGAAGGUUCGGAGGAGAUUCACACAGGCCCCUCAUUAGUGGUGCUGAAGAGGAAGAUGGAUAUGAGC